AUGGAUGAAAAGUCAAGCGCGGGCAAGAAGACUCAGGGGACUUCUACAUUUACUCUAGAGGAGGCAUGUGAUGUCGAAAAAAAUAUUGGAAGACAGAGAUCGGAUCUUUCUGAGAUGCAUACACCCUUGUUACGAAUAAAAACGGGGCGAUCGUAUAAUGCAUUUGCACAUGAGGAUGCGGAUCUGUUCCCAGAUGGUGGUUGGAGAGCAUGGAUUGUCGUUCUUGGAUCCGCUAUUGGGUUAAUGACAGUUUUUGGUGUGAUGCAGACAAUAAGCAGUAUACAGGUGUAUAUUCAAAAAAAUAUGCUUAAGGAUGUGAAGAUUUCCUCAACAUCUUGGAUAUUCUCGGUGUAUAUGUUUUGCAACUUGAGUGUUGGAAUUAUUGCAGGCCCUCUAUUUGACUUGUACGGUAUCAAGCGUGUUCUUAUUCCAGGAAUUCUGUUAAACUGUGGUGGUCUUUACGGCACGGCCUUUUGCUCGAAGCUUUCACAUUUUAUCAUCAGUUUCGGACUCGCGAGUGGAAUCGGGUCUGGUUUGAUGAUGAACCCUUUAAUGUCUGUAAUAAGUCACUGGUUUCUAAAGAAAAGAGGGCUUGCUAAUGGUUUUGCACAAGCUGGUUCUGUGGCAGGUAUAUUUUUCCCAAUGAUGUUGAGAUCUCUUUAUCCUAAGUUGGGUUAUUCCAAGACCAUGUGUAUCUUGGCGUCCGUUUGUGUGGCUCUGUGUUUAAUAAGUUUUUGUCUUGUCAAAGAUCGUCGUUUCGUAAUUGCAGACCAGGAGAAAAUUAAGGAAAGGUCGCUAUGGCAAAACAUUAUGGCAGUUUUGGACUUUCGUUCUUUUAAAGAAAAGCCAUUUGCUUUGUUGGUUGGAGGCUUGUUUUUUAAUGAAUUUUCGUUGCUAUUGGUAAUAACCUACAUUGGUACAUAUGCGGAAACUAGAGGCAUGUCCGAAUCUGAUGCGUAUGUUCUUGUUGCCGUUAUGAAUUCGGCUGGAGUUGUAGGCAAGGUUGUUCCAAACUACUUUAGUGAUAUUAUUGGCAGAUUCAACGUUCUAGUUUUGAUCUCGUUGUCUAUGGCACUUUCGAUAUUUGUCUUGUGGCUACCAUAUUAUAACAACGUGGCCUUAUACAUAUUUACAUGUGUUUACGGGUUUGGUUAUGCAGGAUCGUAUUCCAUGACGCCUGUUACGAUCUCACAGAUAUCCUUAACUAGACAAUUUGGCUCUAGGUAUGCCACUGCGUACUUCAUAGUUGCUUUUGGAAAUUUAAUCUCCAUGCCUAUUGGCUCCCAGUUCAUUAAUGCACAAACUGUGCACAACUAUAAUAAUAUGAUCAUCUUUGCUGGUUGCACGACUCUUGUGGCAACAACAUUUUUUAUUUUGUCCAGAACUGCAAUAGUGGGAAAACGACUUAUAAAAUUCGUGUGA